GUCAACGCGAACAAGCACAGGCAAGCACAGGCUGCCCGGAGGCAAGGCGCGAUGCGGCGCGCCGCGCACCGGGAGCAGGUGCGCCGCCGGGCGGGCGUCGUCGCGGCGGUCCAGGCGGGCAAGGUCGUCAACGACGCCUGCGGCCAGAAGGCGAGCGAGGCCGACGCGAAAUUGAUGCAGCUCCAGCGGCGGGCCGCCUUCUUCCUGCGGGACCACGCCGAACUGCGGCGGGUGCUGCGGGGCCACGACUUCGAGCGGGACCUGCCGGACGCGGCCAAGAUGCACGAGGCGGCCAGGCUCUUCGAGAGCGGCGGCCUGGGCGUGCGCGUCAGCCCGGCCGACGCGCUGCGGUGCCACAAGUUCGCGGCGGCGUUGGGGCACCGGGCGUCGCGCGGCGUGGUCGGCGAAUACGCCGAGACGGGCGCCGCGGAGCGGCGGCGCCCGCGCCGGGCGCGGACGCUGUCCCGGGCGGCGCAGGACUCAACAUUUCGCGGCGCCUUCAUUUCGGACUCCGUGCGACACCGGUCGAGAGGCUGGAGCCCCGCGCGGCCGCGUCGUCGGCGCGCCCGACGCGCUGGUCCGGUUGCGCGCAGGUACCGGGACGCGGCGCGCGACGACGACCCGCGCGCGCGGUACAACCUAGGGCGCGUGUUCUACCACGGCCUCCUCGGGCAGCGGGCGAACCGGAGGACCGCGCGCCUCCUGUUCGAGAAGGCCGCGCGGCGGAAGCACCGGGGCGCCCAGGCCGCCCUGGGGUACAUGUACGAGAAGGCGGAGGGCGACCUCAAGGCGGACGCGGCCCGGGCGCAGCACUACUACGCCAAGGCCGCCGACCAGGGCUGCGACCGCUCGGCCUUCAACCUGGGCCGGCUCUACGAGACGCUGCUGCUGGCGCCGCCGCCGGACGAGACGGCGUACGACGCGGCGGUCCGGUGGCGCGGCGCGGCGCGGCAACCGAUGGUCCGAGUUUCGGCUUCGGCCGACGGGUCCGAGAUACCGGUCGACGUCCGCGCAGGUACGAGCGGGCGGCGAAGCGCGGCUUCGAGCGGGCCGCGGACCGGCUGACCAAGAUGGCGAAGCCCGUCGGCGACGACGCGCCGGCGCCGGCGCCCGCCGCAGCGCCCGCCACGGAUCCGGAGAGCCCGCCCGGCUCGGACGCGUCCGAGUCGGACGCGGCGGCCGACGACGAGGCGGCCGCGCCGCCGCGCGACCCGCUUUUGCUCCUCGCGCAGAAGCACCGGAACCGGCGGAUGACGAUGGCGCCCGGUCCCCGCUGAGUAACCUUGUUGAAGAAGGUCGUGAUUUGCCCGUGAUCUGCCCAACGUACUAGUAGGUCCU